AUGACAGGCAAUCAUACUGUGGUGAGCACCUUCCUUCUGUGGGGGUUUUCCAGUUUCCCAGACCUGCAGGGUCUCCUCUUUGUGAUGAUUUUCUUCUCCCAUGUGACCAUCCUGGCUGCAAAUGUGUGCAUAAUGGUGGCCAUCCAGCUCAGUCACAACCUUCACACCCCCAUGUAUUUUUUUCUCUGUGGCCUGUCCUUCUCAGAAACUUGUGCCACUAUGGUAAUCAUUCCCCGCAUGUUAGUGGACUUGUUAUCAGACAGCAAGACCAUCUCUCUUCCUGAGUGUGCCACACAGAUGUUUUUCUUCUUUGGUUUAGCGGCCAAUAACUGCUUCGUCAUGGCCGCCAUGUCUUACGACCGUUACACUGCCAUUCACAGCCCACUGCACUAUAAGACCUUGAUGACCCAUAAGAUCUGCUUUCAGUUCAUGAUGGCCUCCUGGAUGGCUGGGUUCCUGGUUUCUCUGUGCAUUGUCAUCACUGUAUUCAGCUUGUCUUUCUGUGACUCCAACAUCAUUGAACACUUCUUCUGUGACAUCUCACCUUCUCAGAAACAGAGACAUGCAGGCAGCCCUGAGGAAGGUACUGGGCAAGACAAACAGGUUCGUCCCUCAGAUGGGGAAUAA